AUGGUGAAGCAAAUCGACCGCAAGGAAGCCGUUCAGGAAGCCUUGGACGCUGCAGGAGAUAAACUUGUAGUAGUUGACUUUUCAGCCACGUGGUGUGGACCUUGCAAAAUGAUCAAACCCUUCUUUCACGCCCUCUCUGAAAACUAUCCCAAUGUGAUGUUCCUUGAAGUCGAUGUGGAUGACUGUCAGCAUGUGGCUGCAGACUGCGAAGUCAAAUGCAUGCCAACCUUCCAGUUUUUUCAAAAGGGUGAGAAGGUGGGAGAAUUUUCUGGAGCAAAUAAGGAAAAGCUCGAAACCACCAUUAAUGAAUUAGUGUAAACACAUUUUCUG